GUCCUGUGUACUCUGCUGAUAGUCUGGGUGUAUGAGCUUAUCUUCCAGCCAGAGAGUUUAUGGUCACGGUUUAAAAAAAAAUUAUUUAAGCUAAUAAGGAAGAUGCCAUUUAUUGGACGCAAGGUAGGCACAAUCUGCGGGUCUUUCCCUGUUUAGUGUGUAUACCACUUCUUUCUGUUGCCAGAUCAGUAUUCUCAAGGAAGAGGAGUGACUUUUUUGUCCCCCAAACUUAUACGGCAUUUGACAGUGUUUGGAAACUGGUCAGGUUGGGCAGUUCUAGUGACAGGUUCCUGGCAUCUAUGGGUGGAGGCUGGGUGGCUGUAAAACGCUUCCCAGUGCAUGGUAUGGAUGCCCCCCAGCAGGUGUAUCUGGCUUAAGAUGUUGGAAAGGCCACAUUUGAGAAACCUCACCUUAACACUUUCUCCAAAGGAGAGGUGAGGGGACUGUUAAGGAAAUUAGAAAACCCAACUGAAGUCUUACUGUGCUUUAGGACAGUAUUUGGCCUGACUGAAUUUAGAUACUCAUCUGGGGAGUAGAUCACAGGUUGACAAACUUUCUGUGAAGAUCCAGACAGGAAACAUUCUUGCGUCUGUGGGUCCCAGAACGAUGAUAGGUAAGGAAUGAACCUGCCUGUGUUCCAGGGAGACUGUGUUCACAAAAACAGGUGGGCCUCCGCAAUAGUUCCCUGAUCCCAGGUUGGAAGCUCAAGAGCGGUAACAGCUGUUUUCUUGCUCUUUGCUCCUUUUUGUAGACUUGCUGUCUUCACUGUGUCCUCUUUGCUCCUUUUUGUAGACUUGCUGUCUUCACUGUGUCCUCUUUGCUCCUUUUUGUAGACUUGCUGUCUUCACUGUGUCCUCCUUGCUAUCACUCACACUGGAUAAGAUAGUUCUCAGGGCUGGGCUCUUUAUCAAGGGGAGAUUAGCAGGACAGGCUUCUUGCAAGGUGUAAAGGCCUGUGAAUCCUGAGUGUCCUCAGAGCCCCAGUGCCCUGCUCUGACCUGCCUCUCCCCUUCUCUCUGACAGAAGCUUCACUUACUUUCUGGUUUUUCUACACUUUUGACUCUUGAGUCUCCCAGAGUAGGGGAGGGGGCUACUGUGAAAGGCCCGCUGUGUCACCAAGGGGAGAAGGACUCCCCGUUAAUCGAAGAACAGUUGAGUAAGGCCAAGAAGGACGUCAUCAAGAAUAUGCCGUUCCUGAAGGUGGACAAAGAGUAUGUGAAAGCUCUGCCUGCUCAGGGUCUGAGCACAUCUGAUGUUCUGGAGAAACUCAAGGAGUACAGUUCCAUGGAUACCGUCUGGCAAGAAGGGAAAGCCUCAGGAGCUGUGUACAGUGGGGAGCCGAAACUCACAGAGCUGCUGGUGCAGGCUUAUGGAGAGUUCGCGUGGAGCAAUCCACUGCAUCCAGAUAUCUUCCCCGGCCUACGGAAGUUAGAGGCAGAAAUUGUAAGGAUGACUUGUUCCCUCUUCAACGGGGGACCAGAUUCCUGUGGAUGUAUGACUUCUGGGGGCACAGAAAGCAUCCUGAUGGCUUGCAAAGCUUAUCGAGACUUGGCCUUAGAGAAGGGGAUCAAAACUCCAGAAAUUGUGGCUCCUCAGAGUGCCCAUGCCGCAUUUGACAAAGCAGCUCAUUAUUUUGGAAUGAAGAUUGUACGUGUUGCACAGAAUAAGAACAUGGAGGUGGAUGUGCGGGCAAUGAGAAGCGCCAUCUCCAGGAACACAGCUAUGCUGGUCUGUUCUGCCCCACAGUAUCCUCAUGGCGUGAUAGAUCCUAUCCCUGAAGUGGCCAAGCUGGCUGUCAAAUAUAAAAUCCCCCUUCAUGUGGAUGCUUGCCUUGGAGGCUUCCUCAUUGUCUUCAUGGAGAAAGCAGGGUACCCACUGAAGAAACAGUUUGAUUUUCGGGUGAAAGGUGUGACCAGCAUUUCAGCAGAUACUCAUAAGUACGGCUAUGCUCCCAAAGGUUCAUCAGUGCUGUUGUACUCUGACGAGAAGUACAGGAGGUACCAGUUCUUUGUUGGUGCAGAUUGGCAAGGUGGCAUCUACGCCUCUCCAUGCAUAGCAGGCUCGCGGCCUGGGGGCAUCAUUGCAGCCUGUUGGGCCGCCUUGAUGCACAUCGGUGAGAACGGCUACGUGGAAGCUACCAAGCAGAUCAUCAAAACUGCUCGCUACCUCAAGUCAGAACUGGAAACCAUCAAAAGCAUCUUCAUUUUUGGGGAUCCUCAAUUGUCAGUUAUUGCUCUGGGCUCCCACGAUUUUGACAUCUACCGACUAUCUAAUAUGAUGGCUGCUAAGGGGUGGAAUUUUAAUUACUUGCAGUUUCCAAAAAGCAUCCACUUCUGCAUUACGUUAGUGCACACUCGGAAGCGAGUGGCAACCCAGUUCCUGAAGGACAUCCGGGACUCGAUCACACAGAUCAUGAAGAAUCCUAAAGCGAAGACCACAGGAAUGGGUGCCAUCUAUGGCAUGGCCCAGGCAACCGUUGACAGGAACCUGGUUGCAGAAAUAUCCUCCGUCUUCUUGGACAGCAUUUACAGUACGGACCCUGUGACUCAGGGCAGCCAGAUGAACGGUUCUCCAAAGCCCCGCUGAACUUUGACCCUUGUUAGUUCCAUGGAGCUUUAGGCCUUCAGAAGGUUCCUGGCAUUUGGAACAGACCACCCACAACUUGACGUCUGGACCUGCUCCUUAGAGCACAAAUACGAUAAACCAUAAGAUAGCUUCAGCCUCAGGACUCCUUUUGUUUCCUUUUGUGGCUUUGAAUGUGAAGACCCUGAAGGAUUCCACUGCGUAAUGAGUCUGCCCUGGUUAUAAAUGUUACCCUAGGAAUUGUUUUAACCGGAUUCUUCUCUAACGUCUUUAGCAUCAUCUGCCCUUAGUCAUCGUGCGGUGGCUCUGACCUGUCCUGAUUGCUUAGGGAAAGGGUGAGAUAGCAAGAGGGUGUCUUUGCUCCCUCAGCCGAAUGUUUUGGCCGCCAGGCAGGAGGCAUUUAUGUACUGUGUUCCCCAGGUGGGUGUUGCUGUGUCCCAAGCAGGAGGUGAUCUCAGCCUCUGCUUCAGGAGAUGUCCCUUGUCUCUCAGGACCGCUUGCUUCCGUGGCAGCCUGUUGUACUUUCCCCAGCACAGGUGGGCCAGGUCACUGACCUCUCUUGUGCAUAAGUGGAGCAUGUUCCCUUAGCAGGGUUUGAAGUGCUCCUUUGUCUUCUGCGCACGACCAUGGCUGCUGCCGCCGUCUUUGGAGAAGCCUGUUGGCAGUGAUACUCCCUUUGUUGGUUCUUAUCUCUGUAGGGUAGGAAAAGAACACGUGUUCAGAGAAUCUCGGGCUUUCCGGCUGCAGUGCUGCCUCUCUGGAGUAGGGGUAGAUCAUGCCUGAGCCCUCUCCUGGGCCUGAUGAGCCGAAACCAGACCCUUUCCCGUGUUUUCUUGACUAGCAGUGUAGGUCAGCACCUAUGCGCCCAUGUGGGCAGUGGCCCUCCCCUUCCACACUGCCUUAAUCUGUCAUGUAAUGAGAAUCUGUCUUGAUUGAAGGAAGCACUCCCCAAGUGCCCUUGACUUUCCUCAGGGAGUGUGAAGAUGUGCAGGGGACACUUCCUCCACCAGUGUGUUCUUCCUGCCCUUCCCCCCUUACUCAGCUUCCAAAGGUACGAUGGCAUUUGAGCUUCAGGUACUGGAUGUUCCUCAGCCCCCGCUAGAAGGAAGCAGCAUAGGACAAGAGAGGUGUUUCGGAGUGGAAAGGCGUGGCUGCAGCCAUUACCCCUGGGGCCUGGGGUUCCUUCCUGAGACCAAUUGCUCAGGGUGAUGCAGGGACAGGACCAAGCCCUGUGCCAACUCCCCACUUGCUUCUCCCUUUCAGGGAUGGGGACUGUGAUCCAGGCUGAGCCCCUGUCCUGCUCUGAUGAUCAUACCAUGUGCCUUUCUCCCCAGCAGUGAGUAGUAACCUUACUCCUCACCCAGGCCCUGGCAGAAAUGGACCAGUCUUUGAGGUGUGUCUGUGUGCAGGACAAGUCAGCAGGAGCCUUGCUCUGUUCCCUCCCCUUCUCGGGGAUUCCUGAGUAUUCAGCCUGAGUACUGCUGGCUGCGAGAGUCAAAGCCACCAGGCUCUUCCUCCCCCUCCUUGGGAAGUGUUCCUCAGCACUCUUCUGACCCCAUAACUGUUAGGAGCUGGCUCAUUGCAGGGCAAGUGUGUAUUUCCACUUCCAUUUCUGUGUGCUCUGCAGUGUGCUGUGGGGGUCCAGGGAUGGUUAGUGUUCUGAUGUGUCAGAAAGAGACUUAGUUGUUGAGCUCAUACACUUCCAGUGGUUAGAGCUAUGCAGGACUAUCUCUGGGUCUACAGUGUAUCAUGCUGGAGAGGACCAGGGACCACCCAGCAGGCACCACUGGCUUGCCAGAGGCUAAAACGUAGUCUCAGAGGAACCAGGAACGGAUCCACCUCCUUCCUUUGUGACAGCACUGGGGUGGGGUGAUGGUGUUUUUCAGAGGGACCUGCUGUAGCCACUUUAUGAUUAGGAACUUUAGUGUGACUCCAGGCUUCCUUUCAUUGUGUGUGUGUGUCUUUGUGUGUGCAUGCCAUGUUAGCUGGUGUUGGGUGGGUAGGAUGUCUAGUAUCAUGUGGCUUAGGUCCCACAGUAGCUUCUGCAAACACUGUACUGUCUUGUUUCUGUAUUAGACGUAGGUAGUACUGUGAAUAUACUGCCAUGUCACUUUUAAUAUUACCAGUUUUAUACUUGGAAAAUGGUACUUGCCUCUUUGAAAACUCUUUUGUCUUCUCAACCUCCCAUCAUCUCCAUGCCCUUUCCUGACUGCAGCAAUAACUCUUAAAAAGCUAUUGAAUCAUUAAAUAUCCCAAACUGUAA